GCAGAGUUCAGCUCCCUGGAGGGGUGAAGGAGGGACGUCCCAAAGUCCGGUCUUUGAGGAAGGAGUAGGACUUGACAUCGGGAGGAAGGACCCAGUUCGGUGUCUCAGGGGAGCGAAGGUUUUAGGGGGACAGCUGGGAGUCUCCAGUAUAUAGACCACUGAAGGUUGAAGGAGAAAGUUCAGGAGCCCUGGAAAGGAGAAGGACUAAGACGACAGGAGGAAGAGAGAGAGAGGGUAGAAUGGAAGAAUCUCAUUUCAAUUCUAACCCAUACUUCUGGCCUUCUAUUCCCACAGUCUCAGGGCAGAUUGAAAACACUAUGUUCAUCAACAAGAUGAAGGAUCAGCUGUUGCCAGAGAAGGGCUGUGGACUGGCGCCACCUCACUAUCCCACUUUGCUAACAGUCCCUGCCUCAGUGUCCCUGUCCUCUGGCAUCAGCAUGGACACAGAGUCCAAGUCAGAACAGCUGACCCCACACAGUCAGGCAUCUGUUACCCAGAAUAUCACAGUGGUUCCUGUACCAUCUACAGGACUCAUGACUGCGGGAGUCUCCUGUUCUCAGAGGUGGAGAAGAGAAGGGAGUCAAUCAAGGGGUCCUGGUUUGGUAAUCACAUCCCCGUCAGGCUCUCUUGUGACCACAGCCUCAUCAGCUCAGACUUUCCCUAUCUCGGCUCCCAUGAUUGUCUCAGCUCUUCCCCCUGGCUCACAAGCCCUACAGGUGGUCCCUGACCUCUCUAAGAAGUCAAGCCUAACUGAGGAAGGAGGCGGAGGUGGUGGUGGAGGUGGCACUGUGGCUCCUCCUAAGCCUCCUCGGGGCCGCAAGAAGAAGCGGAUGCUGGAAUCGGGGCUUCCUGAAAUGAAUGACCCUUACGUCCUCGCCCCUGGGGAUGGUGAUGACCAUCAGAAAGAUGGCAAGACCUACAGGAGCGAAGGGAACUGCGGCACAGGAAAUGGACAGAGCCUUGGGCUCAUGGAUUCAGUUCCCGGCUCCACCACGAACUUGCUGUGUGACCCUGGGUGCCGGAUGUGCUCACUGACCUUCUACUCAAAGUCGGAGAUGCAGAUCCACUCCAAGUCACACACCGAGACCAAGCCCCACAAGUGCCCACACUGCUCCAAGACCUUCGCCAACAGCUCCUACCUGGCCCAGCACAUCCGCAUCCACUCAGGGGCCAAGCCCUAUAGUUGUAACUUUUGUGAGAAAUCCUUCCGCCAGCUCUCACAUCUGCAGCAGCACACCCGGAUUCACUCCAAGAUGCACACGGAGACCAUCAAGCCCCACAAGUGCCCGCACUGCUCCAAGACCUUCGCCAACACCUCCUACCUGGCUCAGCACCUCCGCAUCCACUCGGGGGCCAAGCCCUACAACUGUUCCUACUGCCAGAAGGCCUUCCGCCAGCUCUCCCACCUCCAGCAGCACACACGAAUCCACACCGGUGACAGACCAUACAAAUGUGCACACCCGGGCUGUGAGAAGGCUUUCACACAACUCUCCAACCUGCAGUCUCACAGACGGCAGCACAACAAAGAUAAACCCUUCAAGUGCCACAACUGUCACCGAGCAUAUACAGACGCAGCCUCUCUAGAGGCUCACUUGUCUACACACACAGUGAAACACGCCAAGGUGUACACCUGCACGAUCUGUAGUCGGGCUUAUACAUCAGAAACAUACCUUAUGAAACAUAUGCGCAAACACAACCCUCCUGAUCUUCAACAACAAGUGCAGGCGGCAGCGGCGGCAGCAGCAGUGGCUCAGGCCCAGGCCCAGGCUCAGGCCCAGGCUCAGGCUCAGGCUCAGGCUCAGGCUCAGGCCCAGGCUCAGGCCCAGGCUCAGGCUCAGGCCCAGGCCCAAGCCCAGGCUCAAGCCCAAGCUUCACAGGCAUCGCAGCAGCAGCAGCAACAGCAGCAGCAGCAGCAGCAGCAGCAGCAGCAGCCACCUCCACAACCACCACACUUCCAGUCCCCUGGGGCAGCUCCCCAGGGAGGGGGUGGUGGGGACAGCAACCCGAACCCUCCACCCCAGUGUUCCUUUGACCUGACUCCCUAUAAGCCGGCAGAGCAUCAUAAAGACAUCUGCCUCACUGUCACCACCAGCACCAUCCAGGUGGAGCACCUGGCCAGCUCUUAGAGAUCCGUACUGCCAUCCAUUGGAAAGAGGGGAGAGGUCCUGUCUCUCCUUUGUCAACUCUUCUCGGUGGGAAAGUUCUCUUCCUUGACAAGUCCUGUCUCCAGCUCCUUGGGUCUCAGGCAUGGCUUUUCUUCGCAAGAUAACCAUCCUUAAUCUCAGCUGCUCCUGAUUGGCCAAGGAAUCCUGGGCUGAUAGUGUUACCCAGCAGCCCCCAUCCAAGCAGAGAGCUUUGAAAACUGGGGCUUGGUGCUUGAGAGAAGGAUCCGCUGUGACCUCACAUCUUGUCCAGUGUGGGGGCACUUACCUUUCUCUCUCUUCAUCCUCAAAGUUGGGGCUGAUAGAAGACUAGUGGCUGGCCCUCCCAGAUGACAGAGAAGGAAUCUCUAAAUGCCACCAGCCUUCCGUUCUAUGCUUACCUGUAAAAGAACAGAUUUUGCACGUGGCCUGACCCCUGUGAGCCAUUUUCUUCCCCUUACAUGGUCUCACUUCAUAUUGGGUGGUGACUAUAACUUUUUAUUUGUAAGGGGGCAAUAGCUGGUUCAUGGUCGCCAAGGUGCCAGAGAUUCCCCAGGUGACCAAGGGUGGCUUAAGAGUAUGAGUUAUGAUUUUCCUUACAGCCUCCUUCCUUCUCUGCCAACCAAGGGCCUACGUACUCAGUCUCACUACCCCAGUCCAAGGAGCUCUGGGAGCUGCAUUAGCUGUGCUCUCUGCAAUGCCAUCUGGGCUUUUGCAGAGAGAGAGAAUGCAGGGCACACAAAGGACUGGACUUAGCCUCCCUAGGUGCCACGGUCAGAUGCCGGACAUGGAUUUAUAUAUAAAUAUAUAUAUAUAAAUAUAUAUAUAUAUACCUGCUCAUCACGGCCAUCUUUGUUGUAACCAUUUCUGUGUUUAUAAAUGCAUUAUCUCUGAGAAUUUUCA